AGUUUGUGUUUUUCUAAAUUUGAUAUUUUUGAAAAAGAAGACAUGCCCAAGAAGGUUAAAAACGAGGACUGGGAAGACGGUGAGAGUAAACCGCAAGAGAAAGUGGUGAAGAAGGGGAAGAAAGACAAGAAGGAAAAAAAAAACGUUUUUUGAAGAAUUAGCUGCAGAUGACAAGAAAGAUACAAAUGAAGAACAGACCGGCAAAGAGCAGCAGCAAAAUAAACAACCUCAGAAAAAGAAAAAAAACAAAAAACCAAGCAGGGUGAAAGAUAAGGAUGAUGACAAUGAAGAUGUAAUGGAAAAACUAAAACAAUUAACUGUGCAGAGCAGUGAAGAAGAAAUAGAAGAAGAAGUUGUUCCCCCAGCCAACAAAGGAAGAAGUAAAAAUAAGGAUAGAAACCUUUUCACUGCUUUAAGCCUAGAUAAAAGCAGUGAAGAUGAGGAGGAUCAGGAAGAAAUUAAAAAGACAAUCAGCAAAUCAAGCAGCUUGAACAAGAACAAGAAAAAUAUGGUUGGGAAUAAGUUUUCUGCUGUACAGUGUGAGGAGGAGGAGGAGGAGAAGAAGGAGAAAGAGAAAGAGGAGAAGGAGGAAGAGGAGGAGGAGGAGGAAGAAGCAGAGAAAAAAAAAUCUAAGAAUGAACAUCUGGCAAAUAAAGGACCAAAGAGUAAAGAAAACGUGGAGCAGAGUAAUGAGGAUAAAUCAGAUCAGCCAUUAGAAGAAGAUGAAACUGAAGAGAAGGAAAAAGAUACAAAUGAUCCAUAUGCAAAUUUGAGCAAAAAAGAGAAGAAGAAAAAGAAAAAGCAGAUUGAAUAUGAACGUCAGGUUGCAUCAAUGAAAUCAAUAAAUGCUGAGGAGGGGGAUUUCUCUGUAUCUCAGGCUGAGAUGUCAUCUAGACAAGCCAUGCUGGAGAAUGCAUCUGACAUUAAGCUGGAGCGAUUUAGUAUCUCUGCACAUGGAAAAGAUCUCUUUAUUAAUGCAGAUCUUCUUAUUGUUGCUGGCCGACGAUAUGGUUUAGUUGGACCUAAUGGGAAAGGCAAGACUACUUUACUGAAACACAUUUCAAACAGAGCCUUGAAUAUUCCUCCAAAUAUUGAUGUCUUGCUGUGUGAACAAGAGGUGGUAGCUGAUGACACUCCAGCUGUUCAAGCUGUCCUAAAAGCUGACACAAAACGAAUAAAACUCCUAGAAGAGGAAAAACGGCUACAGGCUUUGUUGGAAAAAGGAGAGGACGCUGCUGCUGAAAGACUUGACAAGGUAUAUGAAGAACUUCGUGCCAUUGGAGCAGCUGCCGCAGAGGCAAAAGCUCGCAGAAUUUUAGCUGGUUUGGGUUUUACACCCGAAAUGCAAGUACGGCCCACAAAGAAAUUUUCUGGUGGCUGGAGAAUGAGAGUUUCUCUUGCAAGAGCCCUUUUUAUGGAGCCUACUUUGUUAAUGCUGGAUGAACCUACCAAUCACCUGGAUCUGAAUGCUGUUAUAUGGCUUAACAACUACUUGCAGGGAUGGAAGAAAACCCUUCUAAUAGUUUCUCACGACCAAGGAUUCUUGGAUGAUGUAUGCACAGAUAUUGUUCAUUUGGACAACCAGAAACUGUAUUACUACAGAGGCAACUACUUGACAUUUAAGAAGAUGUAUGUUCAGAAGCAGAAGGAGCUGCUAAAGCAGUAUGAGAAACAAGAAAAAAAACUGAAAGACCUUAAAGCUGGAGGGAAAUCUACAAAGCAAGCUGAGAAACAGACUAAAGAAGCUCUGACAAGAAAACAACAGAAGGGGCGUAAAAAGACUCAGGAAGAGGAGGGACCUGAGCAGCAAGAACUGUUGAAGAGGCCUAAGGAGUACACAGUGAAAUUUACCUUUCCUAAUCCACCUCCACUUAGUCCACCUAUUCUUGGCCUUCACAGUGUUGAAUUUGGAUAUGAAGGUCAUAAAUUACUGUUCAGAAAUGUUGAUUUUGGUAUUGACAUGGAUUCCAGAAUCUGUAUCGUGGGUCCAAAUGGAGUUGGAAAGAGUACCCUGUUGCUACUACUAACUGGUAAACUUAGCCCACCUAAAGGAGAGAUGAGAAAAAAUCACAGGCUAAAAAUUGGUUUUUUUAACCAACAAUAUGCAGAUCAGCUCAAUAUGGAGGAGAAUCCUACAGAGUACCUGAUGAGGAACUUCAAUCUUCCCUAUCAAGAUGCCCGCAAAUGUCUAGGCAGAUUUGGACUGGAAAGCCAUGCUCAUACCAUUCAGAUUAGCAAGCUUUCAGGUGGCCAAAAGGCAAGAGUUGUUUUUGCAGAGCUGUCCUGUAGGCAACCAGAUGUCCUUAUACUGGAUGAGCCGACCAACAACCUGGAUAUUGAAUCAAUUGAUGCAUUGGGAGAGGCCAUUAAUGACUUCAAGGGAGCUGUAAUCAUUGUGAGUCAUGAUGCACGUCUCAUCACCGAGACAAACUGCCAUCUUUGGGUAGUGGAAGAUCAGUCAGUGAACCAAAUUGAUGGGGACUUUGAAGACUACAAGAAAGAGGUGCUAGAUGCCCUGGGAGAGAUUAUGAUUGAUAAACACCGUGAAUGAGCAGCAGUCAUUUUUUCAGUGAGAGGAGGUGGACUUUGAGCUGUGUGCUGCUAAAGCAAUGUGUAUCAGGGAGAGAUUAGGUUAUCAGUCUCAACAAAGUAACAGACUCAGCAGAGGAAAACCAAUCCGAAGUCUUUUUCAGCAUCGAAUGAAUACCAGUUCUGUAAUUUGUGAGAAGAAAGCAGGAAGGCUAUGUAAUAAAGCGUUUUUCUUUUUUCAUUUUUGAGAAAUUUUAAGAAAUUGAGUGCUGUGAAGAAGUGUACAGAAGUAACCACAUGUGUUGGGUCAAUACUAGCAACAGAUAGAUGAAGCAGACUUCACUCCCUCUGGCUUUGGCAAGCAUUUGGCAAAAGAUGACAUUUCCAGGGAGGAAAAAAAAAGUUCUGGCUGUUGUUUUUAUAUAAAUUAAAAGAGUGAGUCUUUAAUCUACAACUUUUAUCAUGAUUGAAAGAAUUGUGUCAUUGCGUAAUUUCAUUAGAGGAUUCUGUAUUUGGGUAAAUAUGAAACUAAGAAAUUGUUCAAUUUUGUAAGUCAAUAAAGGCUAAGCACAU